CAAACCCCCCCAAGGGACCCCUCAUACCCGCGAUAUUGUAUGUAUGUCGACUGUCGAUGCUAAACCCCACGUAGGAGGUAGGUUACGUAGCUGGGUAGUUGACACAAGUAUGCUGGAAUAAUGGUAGUUAGGUUAAGUCUUCUUUCUCUUUAGUUCCCCCCUUUGUAAGUUUUGUCGUUAUCUUCUCGAGACUGGUAGGUAGGUAGUUACGCUAUUAGUCGUUUUCGAGUUACGAUGGAGCCCAAGACCGGCCUCGUCCUCGGCUACAAUGGCAUUCACCCCUUUUCCAAGGUGAAAAUAUCCGAUCGUGCUUCCGUCCAGGAGCUCCUGAGGACCCUGCUGGAUCCCCUCGAGCCGUUCUUCUCGCCGUUGAAAGCCAGGGUAAAAUGUCCUGGCGCCACUGCCGUCAGGUUUGACCAGACUGCUUCUGAAGUAGAAGGUAUAUGUAGGCCACUCUGGGGUCUAGCAUGUCUGCUAGCCGGAGGUGGUGAGUAUCAUGGGGCGGAAUGGUGGAUUCAGGGGAUCAAGUCCGGUACCGACCCUGAGAACCCCGAAUAUUGGGGAUACCCUCGCGACAACGACCAAAGGAUGGUGGAAAUGUGCCCUCUUGGUUAUGCUUUGGCUGUCGCUCCGGUUAUUUGGCAAUCGUUUAACGAGAAAGAACGGCAAAACGUUGAGAACUGGCUGGGAAACUCGAUAAACGAGAAGAAUAUGCCCAAUACCAAUUGGCUCUGGUUCCGCGUUUUUGCGAACCUCGGAUUGAAAAAGAACGGAGGCAAGUUCUCUCAAGAAAGACUAGACCGCGACAUCGAACAUUUAAACACCUUCUACCGCGGUGGUGGCUGGUCUAAUGACGGGCCGGAGGGUAUCCAUCAAAUGGACUACUACUCUUCCAGCUUCGCCAUCCAGUUUCUGCAGCUCCUCUACGCAAAACUAGCUGGGGAAGACGAGCCAGAAAGGGCCGAGGAAUUCAAGAGGCGUGCUCAGCAGGUCGCCCUGGACUUGAUCCACUACUAUGACGACGAAGGUCGAUCCGUCCCCUUUGGGCGCAGCGUGGGCUAUCGGUUUGCGAUGGUGUCCUUCUGGGGUGCUCUAGCCUAUGCUGGAGUCGAGUUGCCCAGGCCACUUACAUGGGGCAUGGUCAAAGGCGUAGUCCUACGACACUUACGAUGGUGGCAGACGCAACCCGAUAUCUGGAGUCCGAGCGGAACGUUGACUAUUGGGUACUCCUACCCAAAUAUGUACAUGGCAGAGAAUUACAACAGCCCCGGCAGCCCGUACUGGGCUUGUCUAGCAUUCAUCUGCCUAGCCGUGCCCGCCGACCACCCAUUCUGGACAUCAGAAGAACAGCUCCCCGGGGACGCCAUCCCCAAGAUAAAGGAGCUUCCACAACCAGGUCACAUCGCAAGCUACCUCGGCGGACACUGCAUGCUCCUCUCCUCCGGCCAAGCCUGCAGCUACCCCAUGAAAGGCACCCACGCCAAAUACGGCUCCUUCGCCUACAGCAGCGCGUACGCAUACUCCGUGCCGCCCGGCCUCUUCACAUUGGAGCAAUACGCACUAGCCUCGCAGCUCGGGUUCUCCGACGACGGCGGCGAGUACUGGAAGACGCGGCGCACAUCCACGUACGCGGGCCUCGAGCACCGCGGCGACAACAACAACAACACCCCGGUGCUAGUCUCCAUCUGGACCCCGUACCCCGACGUCACCGUGCGCACCACCCUAAUCCCUCCCGACCCGACCACCCCGAACUGGCAUCUGCGUGUGCACCGCAUCGAAGCCGGCCGCGAGGUCAUGACGGCCGACGGCUCGUUCGCGAUCAGCAAUCAGCGCGCGGCUGACGGGCGGUACCUGGACUUAUACGAUGCGCAGAAGGGCGAGGGCACGUUCCCCAAGAUAAUCGGGAACUACGAUCUCUACACGCCGGACGGCUGGUCCACGGGCAAGGAGGGCGCGUUUGCGGUGUCCAAGGGGGCGGUUGGCAUUAAAGCGUUGGAGACGGGCGUUGAGCGGGCUGCGAAUUUGGUUAAUGCCGAUCCGAAUUCCAAUUUGGUCGAGAGCAGGACAGUUAUUCCGACCCUGCAGCAUACUAUUAAGAAGGGCGAGACGGUCUGGUAUAUCUCGGCUAUCUACGCGAAGCCCUCUGGCGAAGGCGUCGCGAAGCAGUCGUACUUGGACGGGUGGGAGAAGCCGCCGCAGAUCCCGGGGUGGUUGAAAGCCGAACUGGAAGCGUAGACCUGGUUCAUGGGAGGGAGAUAUGUUCAAAAUACUAGGCGAAGGAUAUGGCUGAUUAAAUGGUGACGCCUAGAUGAAAGUACAUAUUGUAUGUCUAGCCUACCUAUUUAGGAUUUCUA